AGGAGGAACUCCUCCCUUUCCCCCAGAAAUUGGCGGGGAGGGUGCGCGCUGGCCGUCAGCCUGGCGCGGAAUCCGCGAGCGGAGGGCGGCGGGGCGGGAGCGAAGGAGCCGUGCAUGUUCUUCAAAGAGGGCAAGUGCACCCGCGGGGACAGCUGCAAGUUUUCCCACGAGGAGGGCACCAAGGACGCCGGGCGCUCGCUGCCGCCCUGCCAGUUCUGGGCGGAGGGCCGCUGUUCCCGAGGAGCGGCCUGCAGGUUCUCCCACGCCCUCGGCGACCAGCGGGAGGACGGCGGCGAGGAGGCGGCCGAGGCGGGCGAGCCCAUCGACCUGCGCCACGACCCGUCCGUGGCCCUGCAGACGCUGCACGAGGAUGACGAUCUCUUGGCGAUCUGCAAGCCCGCUGGCGUCAACAGCCAUCCCAGCAGCGCGCAGGAGUCGGGUGGCACCGUGGCGCACGCGCUGGUCGGCCGCGUGCCGCCUGGGAUGAUGAGGCAGCGGGCGGACCAGUCGGAGAAGGAUAGCCUGAUCCCGAGGGCGAUCAUGCACCGUCUCGACCGCGGCACGACUGGGGUGAGGCUCGGGAGGAGCGCAGGAGGGUGUGGCAAGAAAGAGGGAUCGCAGGUGCGACGUGGCAGCAAGAGCGUUUGGACCUACGUUGGAGCAGUGACAUGGAACGUGCAUGUCUGACAUGUCAGGUGAUCGUCCACCUCAAGAGUGUUCAAGAUUAUGUUAUGUCUUCCGACAACGGCCUCCGAGUUGGAGAUGCCAGGG